GUUUCUCUUGUUUCGCGCAGCCCGAUUCGAAUUCGUCUGUGCCUGCGCCAUCAGCGGGUGGGUGUGGCGCAGCGUGGCGCGUAAACUCCCGAGCACAGCGGAGGCUGGCGAGGAGCGAACAGUCUGGGAUUCAAGGAGUCAGGUGGAGGAGGAGGAGGAGGAGGUCGCUGUUCUUGGUACCGCUGCCGCCGCCGGCUGGGUCCAGAGAGCAGCCGCAGCUGCAGCUUGCCGGGUUGAGUGAGCGAGUGCGUUUUUGCGCCCCUCUCCGACCUGCAAGCAUGGCUUCGUCGCAAGGCAAGCUGGAGCUGAAAUUCGCGGACUGGAUGGCAAGUUUGCCCGAGAGCAUCCACAGCGUGCCCCUGACGAAUCUGGCGAUCCCAGGCUCUCAUGACUCAUUUAGUUUCUACAUUGAUGAAGCCUCACCCGUUGGACCUGAACAACCUGACACCGUCCAGAAUUUUGUCUCUGUGUUUGGAACUGUGGCUAAAAAGCUGAUGAGGAAAUGGUUGGCGACGCAGACAAUGAACUUCACAAGCCAGCUUGGAGCAGGCAUACGGUAUUUUGAUCUUAGAAUCUCCACCAAGCCCAGAGACCCCGACAAUGAACUCUACUUUGCUCACGGUUUGUUCAGUGCCAAAGUCAACGAGGGCCUCGAGGAGAUCAGUGCCUUUCUUGCUGACCACCACAAGGAAGUGGUCUUUUUGGACUUCAACCACUUCUACGGGAUGCAAAUGUGCCACCAUGAAAAACUGGUCCAAAUGCUCAAAGACACUUUUGGGAAUAAAAUGUGCCCGGCUAUAUUUGCUCACGAAGUCUGUCUCCAGUAUCUGUGGGAGAAGGAUUAUCAAGUGCUGGUGUUUUAUCACAGUCCAGUGGCUUUGGAGGUUUCCUUCUUGUGGCCAGGGCAGAUGAUGCCAGCUCCGUGGGCCAACACAACAGAUCCUGAAAAACUGAUCCAGUUUCUCCAGGCAUCCAUCAUUGAGAGGAGGAAGAAGGGCUCCUUUUUUAUAUCUCAGGUGGUGCUGACCCCAAAGGCUAGCACUGUGGUCAAAGGCGUCACUAGUGGUCUCAGAGAAACCAUCACAGAAAGAGCUCUCCCCGCCAUGAUGCAGUGGGUCCAGACUCAGACACCGGGCGAAAGUGGUAUCAACAUUGUCACCGCGGACUUUGUAGAACUUGGCGAUUUUAUCAGCACGAUCAUAAAACUGAACUACAUCUUGGCUGAAGGCGAAGCUGAUACGACUUGAUAGUACCGUAAUGUGUCCAACAUGCUCUAAAGUGGAACUUAAUCUCCCUUAGUUGUGUUAGGUUGUAAUCUUGUGGCACAGAUUUUGCAAGCACAUGCUGAAUAUUAUUCUUUUCUUUUGGACAUGCUGAGGACUUAGUAAGGAUGGGGGGGGGAGGAAAGAAAAUGGGUUGUUGUUCUUCUACUUUGUCUGAUCAUUUCUUGACCUUGAUUAGCUUGUGUCUCAUGAAACCCAACCAGGUUUCAUUUACACAGUUAUCUUAUUCAAGAAAGCCAUUCAUAAAUAUUUCUCCAACAACCACAUGUGGUUUUGGCCAUAUUGAGGAUCAUUCGCUAUGCUUAACUUGUAAGUGGCAUUCAUGAAUUGCCCUUUGUUUGUGCAGUAGAUUCUCAUUGCCUUUAGUAAUUCUGCUGCUGAACAAGAACAUUGUAUAGUCUUAUCCAGGUGCUCCAUAAAUGUAUAAAUGUUUCAGAAAUUGGUGGCAUCAGGUUUGUUAAACUCAAGUGGGUGGGAAGGAUAUGGCAUCAUAACGAAAAGACCAGUCAAAAGUUAACAGUUGCAGUUACAAUGCCUAAUAAGGUGCAGAUUUCCUGAAAAUUUUAAACAGUUCAAACAUACGUUAUUAUUUGUGUUGCUAUUGCUUUUAAAAGAAGUUCCCCAUUGCGAGUCUAAUUCUGUCUUCUCCUGUGAGGGGCAGAAGGCUUGUCAUAGACUUCUGCAAAGAGUUUCAUUAUGCAGUUUUAGAGGGUGACUCUACGUUAUCAUUUGGAACCAUGGCUUCCUGAGAAGUCAACUAAAAAAAAACUUUGUAUUGAUUUGUCACUUUAGUUAGUUAGUUAUAAAAUGCAUUAACUGCCUUUGGGGUGUGGGAAUACAAUGGAGCAUCCAGGGAAAGGGCAUGACUGGAAUCUUGAAUGGAAGCACUCCAUGCUGCAGUGUUCUGUUGCAAGUCCCACUUGUUAAGCUAAAACAAGCUUUUCUUGUCUGAAUGAAUGAAUGAAUGAUGAAAGCUAUUCCUUCUAGAGCAGGAGUUUUCAAAAUGUGGUCCAUGAGCUUCAUUCAGGUAGUCUGCAGUGUGUCUGUGGAUUUGUGGUUCAAGAUGAGAGAAGGCACACCUAUCCCGUUAAAUACUGGUACUGAAUUUUAAUUGUGUUUUUGUUGCUUCUUUUAUUGCUUAUAUUGGAUUUUAUUGUACUACAGUUUGCAUUCUAUGGAAUUCAAAUUAUAGUGCUGCAAACUGCAAUAUAGAAGAAACAAAAGAAGUAAUAAAAAUACAAUUAAAAAGCUACAGCAAGUAGCACCACACAUUACAGUUGCUACAACAGGUAGAAGAAACAAUAAGUGGUCCGUGAGGAGGGAGAGAACCACUGUUCUAGAGAAAGUUACAAAGGAAGACUGCCCCAUGUUGUUCUUAAAGGAAUAUCCAAAAUGUUUAUAUACUUCACCAUGUAAGGAAGUACUACUGCACACAUAAACACAUAAACAUAUCCUAGAAUUCAGAGAUACAGUUGGAAGAUAUGUAACCCCCCCCCGGCAUUUUCCCUCAUAGUACUCACUGGUAUGAAGUACCAGUACUUCUUCUUUUGUGGCCCAUGGCAGCCAUUUUGUGCUUGCACCUAUGGUACUUUUAUUAAUACCUGUAUAUGAGUACCAGCACCUCUUUUUUUUAAUCCCCCCAAAAGAGAGAGCACAUGAUAAGUACCUGAAAUCAUCUUAAGACCUCAUAACAGAACAUGAAGAAGAGAUCUGAUAAUUUAUUCAAAUUUUCAGAGAAACUUGAGGAACAGCCUAGCUUAGUUGAUCUACCAGCUGCUGCCCUGCCACACAUCUUCUCAGAGUGUGGACACCAUACAUAAAAUCAGAUCUUUCACAAUCAUAGCCCCACUUCAACUAUCUCUACUUCUUCACCUCUGGAUCCCACAUUACUAUAAUCUCACCCCCUUUCCCUCUAUUAAUUCUCCCCUCCCUUGCUUCACUGUGACUGGAAAACCUCCAAGUCACUUCGAUUGUCCCACUCAGUGGUGAAAUGUUAUCUGUAAUUCUAGACUCUCAGCUUAGUGGUUUUACAGGGAAGUUGUUUAGUGGGGUAAGACAUAUUAUUCCACUUACUUCAAAAUGUCAGCUGGGGGUCCUACUUCUCAUUCUGCUGAAGGGGACCCUAGAUUUCUGCUUCAAAGUCCAGCCUUAACUGCACCCCCCUUUCUGCUAGGACAACAGCAAUGGGUGUGCAACAUUCCCAUAUUCAGCAAAUUGUGAUCCAGGGUAGCAAGAUUCCAAGUUUCUUCCCUCCCUGAGGCUCCUUCUUUUAGUAAUAUCCCUAGAUCUUGCUUCUAUUCCCACCUGUCCAAACUCAUUUGUGUGAUGGAGUAUUGGGUGGUACCACUGGUCAGUGGCAAAGCACAGGAUUUUCAUGCACAAGGUUCCAAUUUUGGUCUCUGGCAUCUCUGGCAAAAGCAGGCGUGACCACAGACUAUGCUUCUUGGCACUGGUGGGAGUCCGAAUGCAACAACUUCUGCAGAGUCACAGGUUCCCCCAGUCCCAAGUUACAGGGAUCAGAAGGGUUGGUAGAAAUCUUUGCCUCAGACUCUGCAGAGCCUCUGUUAGUCACAAUACUGGGAAAGACAGACCAGUGCUGUGACAGUAGAAUGUAUCCUAGUCAUAUAUGAAUGGAUAGUGCCCAGGAUUCCCCUGUGCUCAUGCACUGAAAGCAAAUAUCAGUUGUGGAGCUGGUGGGAAAGCUGCCAAAGGGGAGUUUUCCCAUGUCCACCAUAACUAGUCUUUU